AUGUCCUUCUACAGCCACCAUCAGCUCAGCUCCCGCUGCUACCCUCCCUGCGAGGUGACCUGCCCAGCACCGUAUGCCAACGCCUGGAACGAGCCCUGUGUCACCUCCUGUGGGGACUCCAGGGCCGUGGUCUGCCCACCCCCCGUGGUCAUCACCUUCCCAGGGCCCAUCCUCAGCUCCUGCCCUCAGGAGAGCUUCGUGGGCUCCUCAACCCCCGUGGGGCUGGAUCGCCCCAUGGGCCUGCAGGGCUCCCUGGUCUAUGGGGGCUUCUUGUCCUCCUCCUCUUCCUCCAGGAAUCUCUGGAGCCAGCAGUCUGGGGGCUGUGGGCCAUGCUAA